GGUAAUUUCUUCAGUAGUUUUGUUUACAAAACUCACGUAGUUUCACAUGGUCACAAACCGGCUAUGCAACGAAGAGUCGCAUAAACCGGCCGCCUCUAAAUAGCUUCUCUCUGCCCGAUUGCAACCAUGCAGUAUUGAUAGACAGGUAACUAACAGAUGAAAUGGAGUCCAGUGAAGAGGGGGGGCUCGGUGCACGUGGCUCUGAAGGAGAAGAAAACUAUUUCCUGGGAUACACUUUCACUGACCGCUCCCACUCCAGCCGCGUUGUGAAGAGCAUCAUGGACCUCUGCCUGGAGGAUGGCCUGUUUGCCGAUGUCACCAUCAACGUUGAUGGAAAAGAGUUCAACCUGCAUCGCCUGGUGCUCUCAGCCCAGAGCAGCUUCUUCCGAUCCAUGUUUACCUCUAACCUAAAAGAGUCACAUAACCGCUGUAUAGAACUGAAGGAUGUGAGCGCAAAGGUCUUUCAGUUGCUGGUGGACUACAUCUACCAUGGUACCAUCAAACUGAUGGUUGAGGACCUGCAGGACACCUACGAGAUGGCAGACAUGUACCAGCUGACCGCUCUUUUUGAAGAAUGCUCCCGCUUCCUGUCACGCACAGUGGAGGUCAAGAACUGUCUCCAGGUGAUGUGGCUGGCAGACAGACACAGCGAUCAGGAACUGUACACAGCUGCUAAACACUGUGCUAAAAUUCACCUGGUUCAGCUGCAUCAGACGGAUGAAUUCCUCAAUCUUCCCCUCGGCCUGCUCCUGGAUAUUGUCAAAGAUGGUGUUCUUAGCUCCCAGAAUCCAACAGUGGCCAUUGAUUCUUGGAUUAACCACAACAAGGUAGAGAGAGAGGAGUUUUCCGGUCUGCUCAAGGAGAACCUUAAGGAAAUCGGUGAGAAGGUCCACAUCUACCUGAUCGGGAAGGAGGAGGCCCGGACGCACUCCCUGGCUGUGUCGCUCCACUGUGACGAGGACGACACCGUCAGCGUGAGCGGUCAGAACAGCUUGUGUCACCAGAUCACCGCAGCCUGUAAGCACGGAGGAGACCUCUACGUGGUGGGCGGCUCCAUCCCUCGCCGCAUGUGGAAGUGUAACAUGCACACCAUGGACUGGGAGCGCUGCGCCCCUCUGCCCAGAGACCGCCUCCAUCACACCAUGGUGUCUGUCCUGAGCGAGGACGCCGUGUACUCCCUGGGGGGCAAGACCCUGCAGGACACCCUGUCCAACGCCGUCAUCUUCUACACUGUCAAAGACAACAUGUGGACAGAGACCAGCCAGCUGGACACAGCUGUGUCGGGGGCUGCCGGGGUCAACCUGGGAGGUACCAUCUACCUGCUGGGGGGGGAGGAGAACGACAUGGACUUCUUCACCAAGCCGUCCCGCCUCAUCCAGUGCUUCGACACGGCCAAUCAGAAGUGCCGGAUCAAGCCCUACGUUCUCCCGUUCGCGGGCUGCAUGCACGCCGCCACCCACAUGGACGUGAUGUUCAUCGUGGCCGAGGGGGAUUCCCUGGUCUGCUACAACCCCCUGCUGGAUAGCUUCACCCGUCUGCGCUUCCCGGAGAUGUGGAGCUGUGUUCCGUCCCUCUGGAAGGUGGCCAGCUGUAACGGCUGCAUCUACGUUUUCAGGGACAAGUGUAAAAAAGGCGACGCCGCCACAUUGAAGUUCAACCCUGCCACCUCUGUCGUCUCUGUUAUCAGUGGCAUUAAAAUCCUCCUGACCAACUGGCAGUUUGUGUUGGCCUAAACUCUUUCCCCGGACGCCGACUCACUGUUUGAAAUCAUUCGAGACGAUGGAAUUGGAAGGUUCAAGGAUGGACUCAUUUUGACCACAUUGUGAGACUUGUUGAUUUGUGCCUGUAAAUGUUUUUAUGACGCUGCAGUUCCUUUUUCUGAACAAGUCACAGGCGGGUGGUUUUGUUUUGUAUUAUGCACGGACGGUUUUAGUUUGCCACCCAAUAAUAUAUUUCAACCAUUGUCUACAAUACACAGCAUCCUUACUGUGGAAGAUCCAGAAGAUCCAAUCUUCGCCUGUGUUAUUAUUGCUUCACCCGUGUUUGUUCCGGUAAGUUCUCACAGCAGUGUGUAGGUUGUCUUACCGAAAAGCUAUAUUGUUAUUGUACAUUGUCAUGCUUUAGAUUGUUUUGCUGCUCUUUGUAUCUAUACAUUUUCUUGCUGUAUUUGUGCAUGAAAUAACUCAGUAUUAUUGUACAUUUUGAAUAUACAGUACCAGUCAAAAGUUUGGACACGUGUCCAAACUUUUGACUGGUACUGUAUGUUGAUGCUGGGUGUUAUAAUUCACACACGAAGGACUACCAGCUGUAUCUUAGUUUAAAAUUGUUUUGCGUGCUUCAUUACGAGCCUAGUGUAAAG